ACGGUUACAAAGCGCCCGCACCCCCCUCAACACCUCCCCCGACCCCCCUCCGCCGCCGUUAUUUGUGCUGAGUCACGGCGCGGCGGUGUCCGGUGCGGCGGAGAGGCCGGCGGUCGCAGCAGCAGCAGCAGCAGCAGUGCCAGGCUUCCCCAUGGGGACGGAGGGCGCCCGCGCCCUGCUGGAGCGGGCGGCCACGCUCACCCUGCAGACCGGUAACCUCCUCAGCUGGGGCUGCCUGCGCAAGAAGUGCCCCGCCACCCCCGGAGAGGAGGUGCGGGACUGCAUUCAGAAAACGCUGACUGAAUGGAGCUCAAAGAUUGGACAAGACCUAAAUCAGGAAAUACUGGAGGUUCUGGAAUGUGCUGUAGCUCAAGCUAUAGAAAAAAUAAAUCCUGAAGAAAGGGAUGAGCUGAAAGUAUCAGCAAAACUUUUCAUCGUUGGAUCAAGCUCCUCAUCGAUCAGAGAUGCAGUUGACCUGGCAUGUUCUGCCCUUGGAGUUGCUCAGUUAGACUCCGUCAUUAUCGCCCCACCUCCUGUUGAAGAUGGAACUAGCCUCUCCUUGGAAUAUUUGCAACCUUACUGGAAAGAACUUGAAACUCUAGUUCAAAGCAAAAAGAUUGUUGCCAUAGGUACCUCUGACCUAGAUAAAACACUGUUAGAGCAGCUGUAUCUGUGGGCACAGGUGAAACCAAGUAGUAACCAGGUGAACCUAGCUUCCUGUUGUGUGAUGCCACCUGAUCUCACAGCAUUUGCAAAACAGUUUGACAUACAGCUGUUAACUCACAAUGACCCAAAAGAAAUACUUUGUGAUGCAAGUUUCCAAGAAGCUCUUCAGGAAAGCAUCAAGAACACGAAAGCACACGAGUGGAUUCCUUUAUGGCUUCUCCGGUAUUCAGUCAUUGUUAAAAGCAGAGGAAUUAUCAAGUCCAAAGGCUAUAUCGUGCAAGCUAAAAAAAAUGCCUCUUAAAAUACUUUCGUUUUCCUUUUUUUUUUAAACAGCUUACUGUUUAAUUUCUUGGGAAUGGGGGGAACAUUGCUUUUUUAAUAGAAACACUUUUACAGCAUUUGUAACGAAGACCAAAAGUUGUAAUUAUUCAGUGUGGUGCCAGCAGGAGUGUCUGCAGUGUUCUUAUGCUGUUUUUCUUUCUUAACCUAUUGACCAGUUCAUUUAAAAUAUGAAAUAUUUGGGGUUUGGUUUUAAUUGAAAUUAUAGAGAAAGUUUAAAAUAUUUUUCUUGGUAUGACCAGUUCACUGUAAAAUUACCAUUAUAUUUUAGCUGCCGUUAGGUAGUAUAGAGAAAUAUAUAUUUUUAUUUUAAAAAAAAAAAGGAAUUCUCUUAAAUAAUAGUUACUUACCUGGUAGGUACAGAUUUCAAACAUUCAAGGACUAGUUUUUAUAGAAAAUUGUCAUCUUUUAUGAAAAACUACCCAAAAAAAUUAAACUGGUAUGUCAUUACUUGGUAUGUGUACAUAUAGGCAAGUCAGCUGUUUAAUUUGUGCAGAUUGGAAAAUUGGUUUAUUUUUAAUAUAAUGUAAAAGACCUCUAUCAUUUAGAAAAAGUGCAUCUUCCAAAUUACUUUCUGACUGUUACUUGAAUUCCUUCUGGCUUCUUUGUGCCUCAAUAUACUUUGUUCAGUGUUUGCACAAGAGUGAUGGCAUCUUUACUGUUUAAAAUAGAAAAUGUAUUAUUGUGUGAAUGUUUAAAAAUCAGAAUUGAAAACAAGUGAUGAAAAAUGUGUUAAUCCCAAAUUGGAUUGUGCCUGUCUUCUCAGCCGUGGCUUGUUUUUUUGAUACUUGUGAACUACGCAAUCAGAAUUGGCCAAGUCAUAACAGUAAAUGUUGAAGCUGUUCCCUAUAGGAUUGUGUAAAAUGGAUGACUUCUUUUGGGGUAAGAAACUUUGUUGCCUGAGUGCCAUUCAGAAAUGAUGCAAGCCAAGGGUUAGCUUGAAGUGAGGCAUAUUUUUGUUUGGCAGUAGCUUAAGCUUUGGCUUUUGAAUCCUAGAGGGAUUGCUGCAGCUGAGGCAAGGCUUUGGUUUAACGUAGCCUUUCUAUCAAAAAGGCCUUUUCAUUUCCUUGGCCUUCAAAUCAGAGUAGAUAGCAAAAGAUCAACUUGUAGUGCAGUGGGAGCUUGAUACUGUCUAAAAUACUAAUUUUCUUUUUUAUUUCAGGCAGGAGCAGGGCUUCAUACUAGCAGUACUCAUCAACUUAACUGUAUAUAUUUUGACAUUAGGAGUGUAAGGGAGUGAAUUUUCAUCAACAUCUUUCAAAUUCUGUCAUAUAGGCAGCUAGUGGAGGUCGCAUGCUUGCAGGCGGUGUCUAGUGUCAGCUUCCUGUAAUCCAUUCCAUUAAGUGUAAAGGUGAAAUUUUUAAGAUACCUUUUGAUUCCUCUAAUAUCUUAGGUAUAGGUGGGAAAUACUGGGAAAUACUCCUGGACUUGUUCAGCUCUUUUGAUAAAUGAGAGAGAAAACUGGAACUAGUAAUGCAUCAAUAAAAGCUUGAGGGUUUUUUUUUCUCCUAAUCAAAAUGUAGUGGGGUUUGGGGUUUUUUCCAUGUCAGGUCAGUUUGUAUCCAAGUUUCAAAACUACCUGAGUUUCAUUUUAACCUUCCCUACCAGCUCCAAGUUGCGUGCUGCUGCUGAUUAACCACUAUCUGUAAAUUCUGUCUCUGUUUGGCUGUUGACAUUCUAUAUUGUAUUACUCGCACGUGUGCUCAGUUUUAUAAAUUGAAAUGCUACCAAACAAGAAUUGUGCUUUAACAAUGUAUGGGCUGCUCUAAUGGGAUAAUUAUUUAUUUCCUUUCUGUAAACUGUUAACAAAUUGUUUGCUGUAGAAAAGUAUUCUUCAAGACAUGAUAACCUUAUUUUUCUAGAGUGACUGACAACCUGAUAAAAACAUUACACUAUCUCAUUAAUUUGUGUCAAAGUGGGAGAGAUGGGAUUUCCUUCCAUGGCAGAAAGUUUUAAUUAAAAAUUGAAAUUAUUGCAGGCUUUUAA